AUGAAUCCUGAGGAACAGGAGAUGAAGGCGCUGAUCUCGAAUAUGCCGAAGAUCUGGAAAUUGGAGGAGAAGGUGGUGGGUACAGACUUGGGUUUCAGGAAGUUUCAGUUUGAUUUCCAGAAAGAGGAGGAUAUGGCAGGGGUUCUCAAGCUCCAGCCGUUUCACUUUGACUACUGGAUACUCUCUCUGGCACGCUUGCAACCAAAAAAGUCCUUGCUAUACCCGUUUUUGAUUACGUUAUGGGUGCGUGUGAUAGGCGUACCGGAGGAAUUUAAAACAGAACCCACUUUCGAGAGCAUUGGCAAUGCUAUUGGAAGGACGGUAGCUGUGGAUGUAGUUCAAUCCCGAGUUCAAGUAGUGGUUGAUGGGUUCAAGGAGCUCUGUUUUGAUACGACGGUGGAUUUUACAGGCGGGAAAUUCUAUGACGGCGAGGAAGUUCCAGUGUCGUUGCGAUACGAGAAAUUAUUUGGCUAUUGCCAAGUGUGUGGUAGUCUUUGUCAUAAGGAUGAAGUGUGCCCAUUAGAUGAGAAGAACAAGAAGAGGAGUCCGGAGAGGAAACGGGAAGGCAGAGAUGCAAACGGUUCGUGGUAUGAAGGUGGAAAGCAUGAGGAUAGGGCGAGGAGCUACAAGGGUGUUGUGAUAAACGGGAAUGUGCAGAAUAAGGAGAGAGAUGGGCGUGAUUACUAUGGCAAAGAUAAGGAGAAAGGAAACAAGAGGGCAUAUACCAGUCGAGGACACUAUAGGGGAGAUGGCGAUGCUUCUCGUAAUAGACCUGCAUGGAGAGAGGAUACACGAGGUGAAGUUCAGAAUGAACAACCAAGAGAGCAAAAGGAGUACAGAGGGGCACAUGAGGAAGCUCGAGAGGAGGGAGAGAUUCGGAAUGCGGAGGAGCGGGUGGUUACAAUGCCAUCUCAAAAAUUUCAAGAGGAACUGGCCAAAACUCAAGCUGAUGGAACAGAAGCAAUUUUUGAUCCUAUAGAGGCGGAACAAGGCUUAGUAACGGUACAAGGCAUGAUGGAGAAUCAAUGGGAGUUAGAUGAUGAGGACGUGAUGGACAUGGACGAGAUCAAGGCGCAUCUACUUGAGAACAGAAUAGAUAUGGAUGCUGAGGAUUUCAUGGAGAAUUUUUCAGAGGGAGAGGCUGAGGAGGUGAUCAAGGAAGGUAAUGGCAAGGAGGAAGAAAAAGUGGCGUCUGUGGAAGAGGAGCAAGGUCAGAUUGGAGGUGGUGCAGGGAAGAAACAGGGGUUACGUAAGCGCCUGUUCAAACCUGCGUUAAGCACGGUGGGGAGUUCUAAGAUGCGGGUUUUCAAUGCGCUGGCGUCUCCAAGGAAAAGAGCUGGAGCUAAGACAGGAACAAGGCAAGGAGAUACCAGUAAGCAAACAGAGAUGAAGGGUCCUUUAAACCCGAAAUCUGGACAGCAGAAGCCUUGA